AUGAAUGCUCGCAGAGAGGGAGCUGAUAUAUUCUCGACGGGGCCUAUCCAUUACGCAAGCCGGAAUAGCAACCAUGAGACAAGUCUCACAGCGCUACAGAACAACCAAGCACUAGCUUACUCGCUUAUCGGCCUCCUCUCUGCCUAUUUACUCCUAGACCGCUUUGGCUUUGUCCCGAUAUCAUUUAUUCAUCCCCUUUGGAAUCUAUUUGUGUACUUGACACCUUCCUGGAUACUUGUCGCAUUAGAUUCCCGCAUGUCGCCCUCCGAAUCAUCCCCCUCGAGUCCGUCGCAAAUGACCUUCCAUGCAAAAAGUCAAUCGAUGCAACGUAUCCUUGGCUUGGACAGCUCCUCAUUCCCAUUUUUUCCUCGAUCGCGGUCCCUAUCCGGUAUCGGAAGCGCUCUGCUAGGAAGUAACAAGAACGCGAUACCGCCAGGGCUGGGCAACUGGGAUAACUCUUGUUAUCAGAACAGCAUAAUACAAGGAUUGGCAUCACUGAAGUCGCUAUCGGAUUUUCUUGGGCGAAAUGUUGACACUCUUGGGAAUAAGACUUCACUAUCUACCCACCAGGCGCUUAAGGAUAUCAUCGACCACCUCAACAGCGCUUCAAAUUAUGGACAUAAACUAUGGAUUCCAUCUGACCUUAAAUCCAUGAGCAGCUGGCAACAACAAGAUGCGCAAGAAUACUUUUCCAAAUUGGUGGAUCAAAUCGAUAUUGAGAUCCAGAAGGCGUCGAGAGGACAAACAAGGAACAUGGGGCUGAAAAUGGCUGGACGGGAGGAAAACAUUCUCAGAGAGACCGAUUCACAUGUGAUUCCGGCAGAUGACAAGUUCAUUUUGGAAUCAACAAUCGAGAAAGCCGUGUUACGCAACCCGCUGGAAGGGUUGCUCGCACAGCGUGUGGGCUGUAUGAAAUGCGGAUGGUCGGAAGGCUUGUCACUCAUCCCAUUCAAUUGCCUCACAGUGCCGCUUGGAGCGAAAUUCGAGUACGAUAUCCGUGAAUGUUUAGAUCAGUACAUGACUCUGGAACCCAUCGAGGGUGUGGAAUGCACGAAAUGUACCUUGCUACGUGCACAAGAUCAGUUGAAGAAUCUUCUGGGCAGUAUGUCAGAAGAUGAUGAUCCGUCGGACAACUCAAAUUUCCCACAACUUUCUGAAACAGUGAGAAAUUCUGCCCAGGAUCGCCUUGAGGCUAUUCAAACAGCUCUCGAGGAAGACGAUUUCUCCGAAAAGACACUAGCAAACAAGUGUCACAUCCCAUCCAAGAAUCGCGUGUCUACGACCAAGUCCCGACAGGCAGUCAUUGCACGAGCGCCUCAAUGUUUCGUUGUUCACAUCAACCGCAGUCUCUUUGAUGAAAUGACUGGGAUGCUGAAAAAGAACUAUGCAGCGGUCAAGUUCCCCAAGACAAUAGACCUCAAUGAUUGGUGCCUUGGAAGCUGGGACCCCGAACCUGAGAAACCGGAAGAUGUGCUUGAGAAGUGGAUAACAAACCCUUCCGAGUCCAUGCUUCCUCGACCUGGCAAUGCUGUUCAUGCCCGUAGCAGACAGUACGAACUCCGCGCUAUCAUCACUCACUACGGCCGGCAUGAGAAUGGGCACUACAUCUGCUACCGCAAAUAUCCAACUGCUGUUUUCCCGGCUCCUGUCCCAGAUGAAGUUCUUCAAGCUGAGGGAGACAAGGAAAAGCCAGACAGGUGGUAUCGACUCAGUGAUGACGAUGUGCAAAUGGUCAGUGAAGGCCACGUGAUGUCCCAAGGUGGUGCUUUCAUGCUUUUUUAUGAGACCAUUGAUACAUCUGCUUCUAUGCCAAUUAAAGAGGCUUCGACUCCGGAAUCUGUGCCCUACGAGCUUGCUGAAUCGGUAUCUAAUUUCACAAUCUCGAAUAUCUCUACAGGGUCUACUAUUACCUCUGCCGAUUCAAUAACUUCUCAAGCCACCAGCGUUUCUGCUUCUGAGCAUAUUCCAUUCUCUACAGAGGAAAUAGGUGGCAGCCCUACACUGUCACACAAAUUUCCAAAUAUGGUCGACAUCACUGCGAGCUCUACGGAUGAGCUUGAAUCCCCAGCUGCCACCACUGCAUCGUGA